AAAAAAGGAGUAUCCGCUUCGUCGCGAAGGAAGUGCGCAGGACUCUGCGAAUUUCCCGGAUAGAGUUUUAUCGCCAUAUUUAGUGCAGGGUCGCCGGCAGUGUAUGAGGAUUUUAAGCCGCCGUUGCUCCACUAAGUAACUCAAUAGCAUAUUUGCUCACUUUCCUAUAACCUUCUCAUCCCUCUGCACAAGCAAACAACGUCGCUUACCAUUCCCACCUCCUCCCGAUCCCCAAGUGACCAUGGCAGAUCGAGAGCAUUUGGUAUACCAGGCUAAACUAGCAGAGCAAGCAGAGAGAUACGAUGAAAUGGUGGAGACGAUGAAGAAUGUUGCAGGGAAGGACAUCGAGCUCACAGUAGAGGAGAGAAACCUGUUAUCAGUUGCGUAUAAGAAUGUGAUUGGUGCGCGGAGAGCUUCCUGGAGGAUAAUCAGCAGCAUUGAGCAGAAAGAGGAGAGCAAGGGCGGAGAGGACAAACUCAAAAUGAUCCGAGAAUACAGACAAACGGUUGAGAAUGAGCUGAAAUCUAUUUGUAAUGACAUACUGGAUGUACUGGACAAACACCUCAUUCCUGCAGCCAACACAGGAGAAUCCAAAGUUUUCUACUACAAAAUGAAGGGUGACUACCACAGGUACCUAGCAGAGUUUGCGACAGGUAAUGACAGGAAGGAAGCAGCAGAGAACAGUUUGGUGGCGUAUAAAGCUGCCAGUGACAUUGCCAUGAUUGAGCUCCCACCCACACAUCCUAUCCGGCUCGGCCUAGCACUCAACUUCUCUGUCUUUUACUACGAGAUCCUUAACUCCCCCGACCGCGCAUGCAGGUUGGCGAAGGCAGCGUUUGAUGAUGCGAUAGCUGAGCUGGACACACUGAGUGAGGACAGUUACAAGGACUCUACACUCAUCAUGCAACUGUUACGGGACAACCUGACGCUGUGGACUUCAGACAUGCAGGGAGAUGGUGAAGAACAAACUAAACCAGCACAGCCAGAUGCUGAGGAAGAAAAGCAGUGAGAUGUGUCCGCCAACAUACUAAACCCCCCCUCUCUCUCUCUCUCUCUCUGUCUCUGUUGCUCUCUCUUUCUCAUUCAUCCCUGCCCUCAGGGAACCACAUGGUGUCAUAGAGAAGAGUUCAGAUGCUGAAUGCUGUUGUCCAUCCUUGUUUAUCACUUUAUCUGUCUGUCUUUUUUCCACUCUCGCUUUUCUCCUUGUUUCGUACCUUUGCUCUCAUCUAUCUGACCAUCUACACGAGUCUGGAGUCAUUGAGAGUUCUCAUGUUUUCUCUUAUGUUCACCAAGGCUGCUGCUUAUUGGAUCAAAUAUACAGUAAAAACAACGUAAUACUGAGAGAUAUUAUUGCAAUUUAAAAUAACCGUUUUGUAUUUACAUAUAUUUUAAGGUGUAAUUUAUUCCUGCAAUGCAAAGCUGAAUUUUCAGCAUCAUUACUCCAGUCUUCAGUGUCAUAUAAUCCUUCUGAAAACAUUAAUAAUAAUGGAGGAGCGAAUCUGCAUAUUAGAAUGAUCGUGACACUGAAGACUGGAGUAAUGAUGCUGAAAAUUCAGCUUUGCAUCACAGGAGUACAUUAUUAUUAUUAUUUUUAAAUAUCUAAAUUAAAACCAGUUCUUUUAUAUCAUAUAUAAUAUUUUUGAUCAAAUAAAUGUAGCCUUGGUGAGCAGAGGAGACUUAUUUCAAAAAAUCUUGAACAUCUUAACGACCCCAAACUUGUAAAGCGGUAGUGCACAUUUUUUUUUUUUAGAAAGUUUUAGGGGUUUCAUUUAAUUUUUUUUUAUUUUUAAAAAUCUUAAGCGUUUUUUAAUAAACUAUUCACUUAGACCUUUAUAUGAUUAUUUGAUGCCAGAAUGGGAUUUGGCUUUACUACCUGAUGUGAACUUCAUUGAGAAUCACACUUUAAAAUUUGCUUUGGCUUAUAUCUUUAUUAGUGUUAUUCUGUCGAUUAUUGGGUUGAGUUCAAUGGCAAUUAUUGGAGAUGUUUAUUUUUAGAAGCUUUUUUGAGGUCGGCUGAGAGUAAGAAAAAAAAAAAACAACCUCAAGCUGUGUAUCGUAAAUUUGGCCUCAAAAACAUUUUGCCCUCCUUUUCUAAAGUGAUUGAUUUUGUCAGAAAGUUCUCUGUCUGUGGUAUGGUGUCCUGUGGUUUGUUACAGUAAGUAACUACGCUUUUUAUAAAUGAACGCAACUCUCGCCUCACCGUUAUUCGAAAUGUUGCUGCUGCAAAAAAUAUUUCUAUAAAGCUGUUGUCAAAGCUUUUGUGCUUUGCCUCAGAGCUUUUUGUGUUUUAAGGCAGGAAAAAAAGAGAAAGAUCUUUCUCAAGAUCAGAUGCAAAACUAGCAAGAUGCAUUUGUGUUUUUCUUCAAUAUACUAGUUGGGGAUUUUGGUAAGACUUUACAAUGAGGUUUCAUUUAACAUGAGUUAACUACAUUAUUUAACAAUCCAACAAUAAACGAUAUUACAUUUUUGUUAACAAUAGGUAAUAGUGGGAUAGUUAAACCAAAAUUUUUAAUUCUGUCAUGAUUUCCUCAAUAAAUAAUAGGGUCCAUAAACUGUUUGGUUACCCAUGUUCUUCAAAAUAUCUUUUGUGUUCAGCAAAAGAAAGAAAUUCACACAGGGUUAGGAACAACAUGAGGGUAAUUAUAACAGCAUUUUUAUUUUUGGGUGAUAAUGAACUCUGAACCAACGUAAACAAUCAAACAGUAGUAGUAGUUUUUUUUACUAACGUCAACAAAGGUAAAUAAAUGCUAUAAAUCAUUUGGUUACACUUUAAAUGUCCUUGUUACAGUGUAAUAUUGAUAAACGUUUUCUUACUUUAGGGUUAGUUGCUCGAAUUUAUGCAUAGUUUACUGUUAAUGCUAUGGUAUGUAAUGUAACGCGCCACAAGGAUGCUGUAAAAUAAAGUGUGACAACCGUUUGCUCAUUGCCAGCUCAUGUUAGAUAAUGCAUUAACUAAUGUUGACACAUAUGACGCCUUGUUGUAAAGUGUUACCGGGAUUUCAUUUCUUCGUGUAUCUACUCAUUCUGACUCUUUCUCUCUUCUGUCUGCAUCGUCAUGUAUUUCUUCUGUUCAGUACAUGUAACUUGAAUCUGAUUUGUACUGUUUAUCCUGCCUGAAGCCAACAAACACCUGUCUUCUUAUGGAGACACAGCAUGAGAUCGACUCGACCUUCCGAAUAAAUCAAGACUAAAUAAACGAAUUAAUAAAACACUAUCUUAACCUUU